CCCCAUUCAAAAAGCGCCCUUCCAUAACUGAACCCUCCGGGCCUCGAAGACAUAAUGUCAAUGGAGCUAAUGGAAAGAGGUUCGGGACAAAGCCCACGGCAUCUGUCAGCGCCCGAAACUUCGGCUAGCAAGCAAUUCUACUCCAACUACCCUCUGCGCCGGGAGGAUGAGGAGAUACGUGUUCUGCACUUGGACCCUCCAAGCGAUGGAAAGCUCGUCGGCCACCUGGGGGUCAUCAGCUUGAGAGCGAAUAGCAACGACCGGCUCAAGUUCGCUGCAGUGUCUUACGUUUGGGAGUGGCCCAUGGACGGCGAAAUGGAUCAACCCCGAGCGAUACGCCUAUCUGACGCCUUUGAGCUGGGAAUCACCGCAAACUGCUACGCCGUCCUCCAACAAAUCCAAAACAACCAGCAUAAGCUCGGUGUCAAUCCCAUUUGGAUAGAUUCUAUCUGCAUCGAUCAGAUGGAUAAGUCGGAACGAGAGUGGCAGGUGAACGAUCUUAUGGGGCGGGUUUAUGCGCUCGCGAACAGUGUUUAUAUAUGGCUGGGCCAGGGCACCCAAGGAACCGACCGCGCCAUGGACUACCUACGGCAUUACGCCGCCGUCAUGCGGCCCCUUCCGAUAGCAGAAUAUGCUACGGCCGCCGGCAUUACGGGGUUGGACCGGGAGAUUGACGACUGCCAAUCCGAAGCCGGGGGUGAUUACCUUCGGCGGCUCAGUUUGCUGGCCAUGUCCUGGCGAUGGGGGCGGAAUCGGCAGCUCCGCGAUGACAUAAACGAGCUCCUCUCCAGGCCAUGGAUCUCGCGCGUGUGGACGUUCCAGGAAGUCAUCUUGGCCUAUCACCCUGUCGUCCUCUGCGGUAACCGCGUGCUCACCUGGGGCACCAUGGUAAAUGCGCUCCGCUAUCCCACCCAUGACUCACUCGAGGUUCCUUUCACUUCGGCGCUUGGACCUUUCUACCAUCCCCAGCAGGGACUCGUCAGCUGGCGCGCGAUUAUACGCUUUUGGGCUGUUUUCCCUCGGCCCUUUUCCCGCGCCAGUUCACUCAUCGUCGGCCACGAGGCCGGCGGUGGUGACACCCCCGAAGCCGGUCGGUUAAACCCGCAGUCCUUCCUCGAAAUUCACAAUCUCAUGUCAACAGCUGCCAGCACCACAGCACAACCAUAUUGGUGGCUGGGGGUGCAGGUUGCAGUUUACUGCGGGAUUUCGAUGUAUGGAGCUUUCAUGGUAUGGAGCGCCAUCAAAAUUAUGAAAGAAGUUCAAAAGUUCGGCGAAGCACCAUCACUUUUCUCGGUGCUGGCACUGGCAGUUAUAUUUAGUGCUGGCUUGUGGGCGUUUGACAUAGUCCCAAAAUUCGUCCUAUCCGGGGGCUCGGAAAGCGCUCGGGAACUCCUUCUGCACGAAGAAGGCGCUGAGCUCGGGCAUUUGGCACUACUCGACGCGAUGCAAAGUGCUUUACGUCAUCGCGCUUGCGCCGUGGAGCACGACAGAGCCUAUGGCCUGUGGGGUAUCCUAAAAGCCCUCAAGGUCAAGCUGCCCAACGUUGACUACAACCAAGAGCUCGGUGGUUUGCAUAGCGACCUGCUGGCUACAAUGGUCAAAUGGCAGCCCGCGGCCGUCGGCCUAAUCCUGGAUGCUGGCACGACACACCCAGGGCGUGACCCUCUGGGUGGCGCUCCCUCCUGGGUUCCUCUCUGGACUGGCGGCUCCGGACAUAUGCCUAGCCCAUGGAUGUCCCUGAGACACAACAUCAGGCUCCACAAUAUGGCCCUGCUCCCGAUCUUACAGCUAGCAUACCCCGUUAUAGAGGGCAGAUCUUUGCGCCUCCUCGGUCGGCCACACGGUGUUGUGGAGUUCAUCACUGCGUUCGAUGAUUGCGUGAGCCUUCCGCCACAAAUUAUUCCCAUCACAAGCCACAAGAGGAGGUUCCUCCAUUGGGUGCAACGCGCAGAAGAUUAUAUCCGCCGCGGUUACGAAGUGACACCACCCACCCCUAGCGUUAAAGCCUUGCUUCGCUAUUAUCGCCACCCGGUAUGCUCUAUUUACGCAGUGGCCUGGGGUUUGAGUUUAGAGAGAGCCCCUUGGGGGAGGAAUCUACUGGAUUGGAUGCCAUAUGACUUCAGCAAAGAUGAUAAGAAGCGAUUGCGCUGCUUCGAGCGGCUACAUCGCGUGGUUGUCGGCACUAAUCCGGCCGGGGCCGCCAGAAGCGACAUCGGGCUCGGAAUCGCACUAGACGACGUGUGCGCCAUGAUUGAGCGGGUCAGCGGCGCCAACGACCUUUUGAACGACCUUGUCCUCGACCUUAUCGAGGACAAGAGAUGUCUUUUCGUGCUUUCGAACGGGCUGAUCGGUAGCGGCCCGCUCGGCAUGCUGGCCGGCGACGAGGUCUUCCUCCUCCAGGGCGUACAAGCCCCCAUGGCGUUGCGGCGAACGGCAGGGACGGCGGCAGAAGUUACGGGAAAAUAUACAAUCGUGGGAGCCGUGCUUGUACACGGAAUUAUGCACAGCGACUAUUUAUCACGUACGUUUCCUGUAGACGACGGAAUCUGGUGGCCUCAAGCUAGGGUCAAUCUCCCGGAAGAUGUUGAUAUCCCACCUCCGCACAGCUGGGACAAGGAAAUUACAAUCAUAUAGGUUGGGUGGAUACUCCCAAAGGUGGUGUCACGCGGGGAUUCCCCUCGGAUCCGAUACCGGCCAGAUGAGGAUCGCCGCCGGCCAAGAGGCCGUUGUUGCCUGCCAAUAUGCAUGGAGGCCCAACAGCCCGAAGGCUGCACGAGAGUGAGGGAUCUACACUCCCAGCGAGGUCGCGUUAGCCACCGGUCAUGUAUCUUGUAGCUACGAACGGACCACAGGGAGGCCUAUAUAUAGGGCACCGUCCUCUCAGGG